GAUGAACUAAUAAAGCAGUUUAAUCAAAUUAAAAAGCAAAAACAAAUCAAGCUUCUUUUUAAAACCUCUUUUUCUGCUUUUACUUUGAAAGUGGGGUGACAGGACGUGACGUAGCAUCUGCAGAUGCUAACAGGUUUAGGAGAUGUCUGCUAAUGUCAGCCUUUUAAAAAGCCUCCCCGGGUGUCGGUACCGUUCGGCCUGUAGAGGGCUCCUCCAGGGGAAGCAGGCUGGGGGCUGUCCGGCCAGCAGGGGCCGCAGGGCGGCUAUAAACACAGCUGCAGGAACCCCUCCUCGGCCACUAGAGGGCGUCAGAGUGCUGGAUCUGACCCGAGUUCUGGCCGGUCCGUUUGCCACCAUGAUCCUUGGAGACCUUGGAGCCGAGGUGAUCAAGGUGGAGAGACCAGGUGGAGGCGACGACACCAGAGCCUGGGGGCCGCCGUUUGUUGCCUCAGAGAGCGUCUACUUCCUGAGCAUCAACCGGAACAAGAAGGUUCAGCUUGCAGGUGUGAGUGACGUCCUGGUGGAGAACUUCCUGCCAGGGAAGCUCUCUCAGAUGGGUCUAGGAUACGCCGAGCUGAGCAGACUGAAUCCACGGCUCAUCUACUGCUCCAUAUCAGGGUACGGACAGACGGGUCCCCAGUCUCAGAGUCCGGGAUACGACUCCAUCGCUUCGGCGGUGUCUGGAAUGAUGCACAUCACCGGGCCGGAGGACGGAGAGCCGGUUCGUCCGGGCGUCGCCAUGACGGAUCUAGCAACGGGGCUGUACGCACACGGAGCCGUCAUGGCCGCCCUGCUGCAGAGGCAGAGGACGGGUAGAGGAGCUCACAUCGACUGUAACCUGCUGUCCUCACAGGUGUCCUGCCUCAGCCACAUCGCAGCCAACUAUCUGAACGCAGGGAAGGAGGCCCGACGCUGGGGGACGGCUCAUGAGAGCAUCGUUCCGUACCAGGGCUUCAGAACCAAAGAUGGACACCUGGUUGUCGCUGCAGGGAACAAUCAGCAGUUCGUCAGAGUGUGCCAGGUUCUGGAUCUGCAGAAUCUCACUGAGGACCCAAACUACAGAACCAACCAGCUGAGAGUCCAGAACCGCAAACAGCUGCUGCAGACGCUGUCAGAGAGGUUCCUGCAGGAGAACACUGCUGAUUGGCUGAGGAGGUUCCAGGGAUCAGGUGUUCCUGUUGGACCAAUCAACAGCAUCCAGGAAGUGUUCUCAGAGCCACAGGUGAAACACAACGGACUGAUCCAGGAGAUGGAGCAUCCGACGGCGGGACGCAUCGCCGUACCCGGUCCAGCCGUCCGGUUCAGCAGCUUCUCUCUGAGCGCGCCCACAGCGCCGCCCCUCAUUGGUCAGCACACGGUCCAGGUGCUGAGAGACACCCUGGCCUGCAGCGAUGAUGUCAUCAGGGAGCUGCUGGAGGCGAAGGCCGUCGCUCAGAAUGAAGUGUGCUGAUUGGCUGGAGGAGAGGAAGCUGACUUUUAACGGGUCAGAACUGACAGACAGAAACACUCCAACCUGCAGAGGAAAGAAAAUCCGUUUGGUUUGAGAUGAAGCUGAUGAUGAAGUUUGGGUUUAGUGGUUCUGGAACCUUAGAAGCCAUUUAGGUUCUGCAGAACUGGACCAACACUCCGCGCUCUGUGGUUCUGUUCCUCUGCAGCUGCUGCUGAUUCAAUUCUUUUCAUAAAUGAUU